AUGGAUACUAGUCAAAUAGACAUGAAAAUAUCAAAUACUGAAGAAAUCACUGUUUCAGAUUCAAUUCUGGAAGAAGAGAUAGUGGCAUCAUAUCAAGAGAUCGUCAUCAUGUUCAACACAGAAAAAUCAAGAAAAACCGGCGAGAGCCCUGUAAAUUUUCAAGAGAGAUUCGAAACCAUCCUCUCUGAUAAGCCCGAAAAAACACGAGAAAAUUUCUACGAGUUUGUUAAACAACGAGCUCACGAUCUUGAAUACACAAUUAUUUUUGCGUUUCUUUGUGAUCGUGGAAUCGGGACUCAAAUAGACAACAACAAAGCGUUUGUCUAUUACAAACAAGCUGCCGAACAAGGUGAUGCUUUUUCGCAGUACAGCACCGGAUUACGCUAUUUUCUCGGGUACGGUGUAAAGACGGACCGUCGUGAAGCGCAAUUCUGGUAUCGAAAAUCAGCGGAAGCCGGAUAUAUACAUGGGCAAUUUCAACUCGGGUACUUUUUGACAUUGGGACAUGAUAAGAAAAAAAAUUGGCCCGAAGCUAAUUACUGGUUAAAUGCAGCGAUGGCGCAAGGCUCGACAAGUGCAUUGGAUAUAUUGGGAAUAUGUUACGUAAAAGGUCAUGGGCCACAAAAGGAUAUGCGUGUCGGCUGUUGGUAUUAUCAAAGGGGUGCGAUGUUGGGAAAUUAUAGCUGUCAGUGUGAGAUUGCAAAGUAUUAUCGUAUGGGAGAAGGGGUACCAAAAGACAUUCAUAUGGCAAUAAAGUGGUUUCGAAAGAAUGUCAAUUCUGGUUUUUCGAAAAUCUUGUUGAUAGAUUUAUUUAGAAUGCUUGAGGAUUAG